AUGGAUGAUAUUUAUUAAACCUAAAUAAGACAGAGAUAUCAUUCUUCAAUGACAUAUUAAGAAUAUUUAGAUACUCAUGAUUAACCACCACCAACUCCUAAAUUAAUGUACUAUUUAUGAAUUAUUUUAAGACCUAAAUAAUCUCCACAAAUUGUUGAACCCUUAACACUUGAACCUCCUAAAGGACCUAAAAUUCAUUAAUAAAAAUUAGCUAUUUACACGCCUGAUGAGGUCAUUUUAGAGGAAUCUGAAACUGAUGAAAGACAACGAUCAAAUUAAAAUUAAAGAGUUCCAUGCCAAAAAGCUUUAAUUGAGCAUGUAAAACUAAUUUAAAUUAAUAGAAUAUUAGAAUACGCAGUCAAAGUGAGAAUUUAGGUUUUUCUGUAUUUAGAUUCCUAUAAUAAAAGAAAAAAGUUUGA